AUGGCGGCAGUCGCGUCGUUCGAACUGGCGGGGUCAUUAGCCAAAUCUAGCGGUCCAGUUCGCCGUUUUACGACAUGCUUGCUUCAGUCUUUGAUUCGUCCAUAUAACGAGCAGGCUGUGGGCGUAAAUGCAGAGUUCGUCUUCCCUUCCUUCCACAGCACGUCUUCACUCUCGUUGUUCCCUCAACUGCCUUGCGCCUCCUUCUUUGUCUGCCCUUUCAUGCGACGGCUGGAGCCGCCAUACCCGUCGUUCACCCUCGUUAUGUCUCUACUGGAAGGCGAUGUUCUUCGAGCUCCUACCUAUCACGAUUGGUACCACGCAAAUACGACUUCACCCAGCUGCCGUGAAUGUCAAGACCGUUUGAUGAAAACGGUAGACUACCGCUACACCGAAGAGCCGGUAUUCGAAGAGCCGCCUUCAAUGACGUUGCAUCCACAGAGAGUUGGCGACGAUAUUUUAGAUUGUGAUGUCUCCAUGUUAGACUUGAACUCUUCUGUUAGACGUGAGGUGGCGGUCAAUGUGCGUCGCGGAGAUUCUGCGAAGGUCCCUGUGAUCAUCCAGACCGUCGUACUCGCGUUCAAGCGGAGCUAUCGUGCACUACGUUCACGGAACCCUGCGCAUGGUGACCACUAG